CUGUCCUUCUGCGGAAAUGACACACACGGAGUCCCGUCACGUCACGCGAGAACGCACGGACACGCAGCACACAAAGAGCCAGCGUGGGGCGCGGGGAGACAGCCAGCCCACGACACGGAGCCAGGGUCUCCCUCCCCCCGCCAGUCGGCCGUGUCCAGAGACAGAGAGCCGGGAGGGGCCGGGCUGCGGGCUAGGUGAGUGCGGGGCUGGGAGUGGGAGGGUGUCCGUGGAAGCUCCACUCGUGCCCGGUGUGUGAGUGGGAGUCUGACGGAGUAGUCUGAGCGGUUAUAGUCAGUGUCCGCGCGGGAGCUGUGUGGGUCCACGCGCCAUGUGGGUCUGCCGCCUCGUUCUAUUGUCCGCGCGGCGAGUUCUAAAGUACCGGUGACGUCACAGCCCGCCGAACUGCGGGCCCUCAGUACACGUGAGGAGAGAUCAGCUGCUCCACCAGCAGCAACAACAACCCACAGCUCACUGCAAACAUACUGCACAUACAGUGUGUGCCCAAACUAACUUACUGCACAUACAGUGCGCCCAAACUAACUUACUGCACAUACAGUGUGCGCCCAAACUAACUUACUGCACAUACAGUGUGUGCCCAAACUAACUUACUGCACAUACAGUGUGCCCAAACUAACUUACUGCACAUACAGUGUGUGCCCAAACUAACUUACUGCACAUACAGUGUGCCCAAACUAACUUACUGCACAUACAGUGUGCGCCCAAACUAACUUACUGCACAUACAGUGUGCGCCCAAACUAACUUACUGCACAUACAGUGUGCGCCCAAACUAACUUACUGCCCAUACAGUGUGCCCAAACUAACUUACUGCACAUACAGUGUGCGCCCAAACUAACUUACUGCACAUACAGUGUGCGCCCAAACUAACUUACUGCACAUACAGUGUGCCCAAACUAACUUACUGCCCAUACAGUGUGCGCCCAAACUAACUUACUGCACAUACAGUGUGCGCCCAAACUAACUUACUGCACAUACAGUGUGCCCAAACUAACUACUGCACAUACAGUGUGCGCCCAAUACUAACUUACUGCACAUACAGUGUGCGCCCAAACUAACUACACAAUUAUGCCCCAAAUACCCACUACAGUGCCUGUGCCCCAAACUAACAGCAUACGGUAAUGCUGCAUAUACUAACUUACUGCACCCACAGUGUGUGCAAACUAACUUACUGCCCAUACAGUGUGUGCCGCCCAAACUAACUUACUGCACAUACAGUGUGCCCAAACUAACUUACUGCCCAUACAGUAAACUAACUUACUGCGUGUGCCCAAACUAACUUACUGCGUGUGCCCAAACUAACUACUGCAUACAGUGUGCGCCCAAACUAACUUACUGCGCCCAAACUAACUUACUGCAGUGUGCCCAAACUAACUUACUGCAUACACCCAAACUAACUUACUGCGUGUGCGCCCAAACUAUACAGUGUGCGCAUACACUAACUUACCGCCCACAUACAGUGUGCGCAAACUAACUUACCGCACAUACAGUGUGCGCAAACUAACUUACCGCCCAAACUAACUUACAGUGUGCGCAAACAAACUAACUUACUGCGCAGUGUGUGCAAACUACUGCAGUGUGUGCCCAAACUAACUUACUGCACAUACAGUGUGUGCAAACUUACCACAUACAGUGUGCGGCACAUACAGUGUGUGCAAACUAACUUACCGGACAUACAGUGUGCACAAACUAACUUACCGCACAUACAGUGUGCGCAAACUAACUUACCGCACAUACAGUGUGUGCAAACUUAUUGAGAGCGGUGCUGGACUGCUGUAUAUACUGUGUGUGCAAACUUACUGAGAGCGGUGCUGGACUGCUGUGUGUAUAAACAGUGUGUGCAAACUUACGGAGUUCAGCUUUUUACACAACUUUCUAAUAGUGCCACAAAAUGGGAUAUAAAUCCAUCGACUCAAAUUGCAAUUAGGUUUUUGUUUGUUUACAUUCCAAUAUCAUCUAAAGCAAGGCUGCCCAACCGGUAGAGCCACAGAUGUUGUGGAACUAGAACUCCCUUGAUGCUUUGCAUGCAUUUAGAAUGACAAAGCAUCAUGGGAGUUGUAGUUCUACAUCUGGGGAUCUAUCUGUUGGGCAGCCCUGCUCUAAAUGCAGAGUGGAAUAAUGUAAACCUUAUAUUAAUUAUAUAUUAAAGAGGGACACUUGCUUAACCCCUUAAGGACACAUGACGUGUGACAUGUCAUGAUUCCAUUUUAUUCUAGAAGUUUGGUCCUUAAGGGGUUAAACUGUUACAACUUAAAGCUCACUGUGGUGGCCAGGAUGCCACUUGGCCAAGGAGCUAUGCCCUCUAAUACCCCAUUGUAAAACAGAUUGACGCCUUACAGGAAGGUGGAGGCUCCACGGCACUGUACAGGGAGUGCAGAAUUAUUAGGCAAAUGAGUAUUUUGACCACAUCAUCCUCUUUAUGCAUGUUGUCUUACUCCAAGCUGUAUAGGCUCGAAAGCCUACUACCAAUUAAGCAUAUUAGGUGAUGUGCAUCUCUGUAAUGAGAAGGGGUGUGGUCUAAUGACAUCAACACCCUAUAUCAGGUGUGCAUAAUUAUUAGGCAACUUCCUUUCCUUUGGCAAAAUGGGUCAAAGAAGGACUUGACAGGCUCAGAAAAGUCAAAAAUAGUGAGAUAUCUUGCAGAGGGAUGCAGCACUCUUAAAAUUGCAAAGCUUCUGAAGCGUGAUCAUCGAACAAUCAAGCGUUUCAUUCAAAAUAGUCAACAGGGUCGCAAGAAGCGUGUGGAAAAACCAAAGCGCAAAAUAACUGCCCAUGAACUGAGAAAAGUCAAGCGUGCAGCUGCCACGAUGCCACUUGCCACCAGUUUGGCCAUAUUUCAGAGCUGCAACAUCACUGGAGUGCCCAAAAGCACAAGGUGUGCAAUACUCAGAGACAUGGCCAAGGUAAGAAAGGCUGAAAGACGACCACCACUGAACAAGACACACAAGCUGAAGCGUCAAGACUGGGCCAAGAAAUAUCUCAAGACUGAUUUUUCUAAGGUUUUAUGGACUGAUGAAAUGAGAGUGAGUCUUGAUGGGCCAGAUGGAUGGGCCCGUGGCUGGAUUGGUAAAGGGCAGAGAGCUCCAGUCCGACUCAGACGCCAGCAAGGUGGAGGUGGAGUACUGGUUUGGGCUGGUAUCAUCAAAGAUGAGCUUGUGGGGCCUUUUUGGGUUGAGGAUGGAGUUAAGCUCAACUCCCAGUCCUACUGCCAGUUCCUGGAAGACACCUUCUUCAAGCAGUGGUACAGGAAGAAGUCUGCAUCCUUCAAGAAAAACAUGAUUUUCAUGCAGGACAAUGCUCCAUCACACGCGUCCAAGUACUCCACAGCGUGGCUGGCAAGAAAGGGUAUAAAAGAAGAAAAUCUAAUGACAUGGCCUCCUUGUUCACCUGAUCUGAACCCCAUUGAGAACCUGUGGUCCAUCAUCAAAUGUGAGAUUUACAAGGAGGGAAAACAGUACACCUCUCUGAACAGUGUCUGGGAGGCUGUGGUUGCUGCUGCACGCAAUGUUGAUGGUGAACAGAUCAAAACACUGACAGAAUCCAUGGAUGGCAGGCUUUUGAGUGUCCUUGCAAAGAAAGGUGGCUAUAUUGGUCACUGAUUUGUUUUGUUUUGUUUUUGAAUGUCAGAAAUGUAUAUUUGUGAAUGUUGAGAUGUUAUAUUGGUUUCACUGGUAAUAAUAAAUAAUUGAAAUGGGUAUAUAUUUGUUUUUUGUUAAGUUGCCUAAUAAUUAUGCACAGUAAUAGUCACCUGCACACACAGAUAUCCCCCUAACAUAGCUAAAACUAAAAACAAACUAAAAACUACUUCCAAAAAUAUUCAGCUUUGAUAUUAAUGAGUUUUUUGGGUUCAUUGAGAACAUGGUUGUUGUUCAAUAAUAAAAUUAAUCCUCAAAAAUACAACUUGCCUAAUAAUUCUGCACUCCCUGUAGUGGUUAUGGUAAUUUGAGCUUUCGCUUAAUGUAGUGAGUGGUCUUGUUGCUUAGAUGCUGUCCUUGGACUUUGACAAAUGUAAGUAUGGUUGUUUGUGAGAAACAGCAGUGUUUACAUUUUUCAGUCUGUACUCUAGUCUAGUGUCUGUCAGCCAUACAGCCACUAGAUGCAUUUCCUAAUGUAGACUAUGAAACUAAUUUACAGUCUUAAUGUUCAGAGCCAUGAUGAAGGACGUCAAUUUUCCACAUAGAGAAAUAUUGCAAUGCUUCUCUGUGAGGAGAAUUCCAUUAGAGCAGAGUGACUAUUGCUGCUCAUGAACAAGAUGAUCUCAGACAGACAUAGCAGGACCUGCUGGAAGACCAUUAUGAAUGAAAAGUGUUUUUUUUUUUUUUUUCUCUCUCUUUUCUACAGCUAAAUCAAAGGGCACCAAAAACACUAACUUUAUAAAUACAUAUACAGUAUCUCACAAAAGUGAGUACACCCUAUUAAAAUAUUUAUAAGAUAAUGAUUAUUAUGCUGUUUUUACCAUAUAAACAUUGCACCAUUUGUUUCCCCAAUUUCUUUUUUGUAUGGUGACUUUUUCAAUACAAAGAUUUUUCUACAAAGUAAAGUGAUUUCAUAAAGGUUCAUGUGACAAAAAAAAAACUAGAUUUCUAGAUAUGAAUAGAUGUCGUCAUGGAGGAGUGGGAGAGGACUCCAGUGGCAACCUGUGAAGCUGGUGAACACCAUGCCAUGAGGGUUAAGGCUGUGCUGGAAAAUAAUGGUGGCCACACAAAAUAUUGACACUUUGGGCCCAAUUUGGACAUUUCCACUUAGGGGUGUACUCACUUUUGUUGCCAACGAUUUAGAAAUUAAUGGCUGUGUGUUUAGUUAUUUUGAGGGGACAGCAAAUUUAUACUGUUGUACAGGCUGUACACUUACUACUUUACAUUGUAGCAGAGUGUCAGUUUUCUUCAGUGUUGUCACAUGAAAAGAUAUAAUAAAAUAUUUACAAAAAUGUGAGGAGUGUACUCACUUUUGUGAGAUACUGUAUGUAUUUAUAACAUUAGAGUGUUCCUCGAAGUAUAUCAUGCUCACAAACUGUGGUUGGCAAUAACCCUUUGAAUGCAAGACCAAUUCACACCUCUAUGUUAAAGCCACAUUUGCAGGGCUAUUCACUCAAGUGACAAUAGAAGGUGAAUUUAAAGUAAAUUUAUAAUUCAAACUAGCUAAAUUGGAAACAUACUCUAAAUUAGCCGUGCUUCCAGUUUGGCUACUCUGACCUUUAUUGAAUAACCCCCUGCUAGGCUUUUUCACUCACACAAAAUGUACAGAUGUUUAAAUGUAAAAGUUACCCUUAAACAUCACAUCUAGUUUUUUGUUGUUGUUGUUUUUUUAAAUCACAUCAUGAACCUUUAUGAAAUCACUUUACAGAAAAAUGUAUGUAUUGAAAAAGCCACCAUACAAAAAAGAAAUUGGGAGACAAAUUGUUGCAAUGUUUAUAUGGUAAAAACAGCAUAAUGAUCAUUAUUGUAUAAAUAUUUUUAAAAUGCACACUAUUCUUUUAAAUUUAACAUACGCUUCACAAAAACAGCAAAGUUAUGGAUUCUAGAUGUUCAUUUUUCAUUUGAAAAAUAAAACUUAAAAUUUGUUACUUUGUACCUUCUAUUUUAUGCAUAAAAUGCAGCGUAAUAAAAUGUCUAAAAUAUUGCAUAUAUUUUAAACUCCAUACAAUAUUGAUUUCACAGUGGGUGAUGUAACGCAUUGUAAGAGAAUAAAAAGAGUUAAUGUUAUUAUUUGUAUUAAGGCACCAACAUAUUCCACAGCACGUCAAGGGUUACUUCAAGUACCUUGAUCACUUCAGUGAGUAAGAAGUAGUUAUGGUGCCUGCAUGUGCAGCAUUUCAUAGCAAAUAUAUCCCCUCUGCUGCUGUAGGUCUAACUCCACAUCCGGCAACAUUAUGGAUGUCAUUAGCCAGCCCACAACACGAAUACUGUGCAUAUAUGGCAUCUUUUGCCAAUGUGGGGCAGUGACGUCAGCGAAGGAAGAGUAGGCUGCAGGGAGAACUUUGCCUCUGAGCCAGGCAGGAAGGAGAGUUUUAGUUUUAUUCUUUAUUAAUGUUACUUUUAGGAUGCUGCAAACCCAAAAAGUCUCAUAUUAGCCAGGUGAUGGCAAAAUAAUAUGGUAAUCACCUGCUAUCUGGAGAUUCAUUGAGAUUCAUUGAAAGAAAACAAUCCCCUCUUUCAUAUGAGGGGUUCUGUGAGUGUGUAUGGUAUGCUGCCUUUAGGUGAUAAGGGGCUCAUUCGCAUAGUCUUUCUCCAAUAAUGCCACCCUUUCUUUUUUGGCGGCGACCUUGUCUCCAGCCCUGACUCUUCAGGAAGCAUAGUAAUGUUUCACAGCACCCCUGAUGACUCUGAAGCCAGCACAUUAAUCAAUUGAACUGAGUGACACUAUGAUCUUGAGGUGGUUCUGCAAUAGAAGCACAAGAAAUUCAACAUUUCUCUCCGAUAGCAAGUGUUAAAAGUUUGGCGGCCCUGCCGAGGAUGGAAAGUCUCUUACCUGCACUUGGGACUCAAUCUCCAUCUAAGCGCCUGAUGAUUUUUUUAUUUUUGCUUUAAUUGGCUUAUUUCCAAGCAGGCGCCUAUGGCAGGACGCGAGGCCUAGACUGGUUCCAACUGGCAGGUGGCGGCUGGGAGGCAAUAUUACAUGCGUGUAACACAUGUGCAUUGAAGCCAAGCAAGAGAACAGCCUUGCUAAUCAAUAUUGGCAUAGAGCAGGCUUCCUCAAUCUCCGGCCCUCCAGAUGUUGCGGAACUACAACUCCCAUUAUUCUAUGAAUUAAAUAGGCUGAGAAUAAUGGGAGUUGUAGUUCCGCAACAUCUGGAGGGCCAGAGUUUGGGGAAGCCUGGCAUUGAGUGGCUCACAGCAGUUUCGCUAGCACAAUUUUAUAGAUAGUUUGAGGAGAGCAAUCAAAGGAGAUAAUAGAAAAUGUACCGUGACAGGUACCCUUGAACAAAUGUCAUGAAUUAACUAGGAAUUUAUAUUUCGAAGACAAGUGUUUUUAGACUUUCUUUCUAAUUACUGUGGUCUUUCUUUUCUCGUAGGUUGGUCGGAAAAUGAACCCAGAUGAACUCAGACCUGAAGAUGAUAAUAACGAAGGUAGAUUCUGCAUUUUUCUAAAACAGUUCCAGCAGUCAUGAAACAAAAAUAAAUGAAUAAUAACUUUCAACUAUACACUGUGCUACUUUAGAGAUGCUGAACAUCUUUGAGCCAUAGUACAUAAUCUUCUACAGAAACCAAGCAACAAGCUCUCAGCAAAUCAUGGAACCCCCCUUUUACAUCAGUUCUAUAGUAGAUCCAUCCCCUCCAUAUUAGUUAACGUCAUACUUAUUCUGUUUUAUUCCUUAGGCAUACCACUGCCUGGAUUAUAGAAUUGUAUAUAUGAAAUGAUUUUUUUUUUUAAAAUUUUUUUAUCUGUAUCUACUAUGCGGGCUGAUCCGUGUGUGUGUGUGUGUGUGCUAUAACAAUACGAUACUUUAGUCCUAGAUUGUUUUUACAUACUGAGAAGUAGGAUGGAGACCAUUGCAUUGUGGGUACAUGUAUAUAUGUAUUUUACACCUGUAAACUGGCUUUAUAGCAUAAUGAUAAAUUGAAUAUAUGGAAUUCGACAUUGUUAUUCAAAUCUUUGACUAGUUUCAUUUGUUAAACAAUUUUUGUUUACAUACAUAUUGUUUUCAGUCAAACUAUCUAACAGACAUCUUUUACUCCAGUGGUGCCCUUAAGGUAUAUCCCCAGAUGUUGUAGAACUACAACUCCCAUGAUGUUCUGCAUGCCUUUAGAAUGACAAGGCCUCAUGGAAGCAGUAUUUUAAAACAUCUCAGGUUCUACAUUUUGGACACCUGUUUUACACAUACUGGUUGAUAUCUGCUGCUUCUCUUUUAUUCCCAGCUCAAGUGACCCAAAAUGGGGAGAAAAAACAAAAACUUACAACCACCAACAUACUCUUAAAUAUGGGACGGUGGUGGUGGUAUAUAGUAGAAAGGAGCAGUGUGGUCGACUUUCCAUUAGCUGCAUUUAUUAAAUUCCAUUUACACUACUUGAGAUGUAAGGGAGGAAUAGGUACCUUCUACUUUUCAAGUACCUGUAGACUACGCGUAAAGUCCCUCCAGUUUUGUCUAACCCUUUGGGAGUUUGAUAAAAACUAGCGUGACUGACACCAUUAUAAUCACAUCUCUAAACUACAGUGCAGGUCUCAAAUGUCCUACACUGCAGGCCUAAGACUUGCUACUACAAGCCUGGAGGGUCCAUGGCACACACACCCAGAGUGGAGUUUCUAUUUGACAGGAAUGGAUUUCCACUCCCCAAAACUUCCACUAGUGGACAAGCGGAGGUUUUGAACCCUGCUGUAGUUCUUGUCCCUAUUCUUUCAAUGUUAUGUUUGCAUUGUCUAGUUAGUGUUACAGUGUGUGUAUGUAUGUAUGUAUGUAUGUAUGUAUGUAUGUAUGUAUGUAUAUAUUACUAAACACACCACAUGUGACCUAAAGUAAAAUCUGCCCAUCAACAACACGUAACACUGUAGUUUUGAAUGAGAUGCUGUUAAAAUAAAAAAUCUAACCAAGGCAAUGAAGAAGUUGGUGUAUGCAGUGCAAUGAAAUUUGAUAGCACUAGUCUCAAUGUUGUGAGCCCUUUUUAUUGUAAAAAGAAUGACCAUUUGUACAUAGGCAUAAUGUACAAGUGAACCAUAAGGCAAAGUGAGCUGAAUAAAUCAAUAUAGCCAACUGAUAGAGAUAAAGGGGUUAAAGCAGCUCUGUCGCCAAAAAUAAACUUUCUAAUUUGGCUGUACAUAGCUUUAUGUAUUGCAGGAAAAUUGUUGUGUUGCAGGCAAGCAGCAAGGCUGCCUCUGUGCGUUGCCCUCAGAAUCCAACCAGGGAGUACGAUUGUCUGUACCUCUGGCAGGUCUCAGCCCUCAGGAAUCCCUUCCUUCUGAUCUGGCACUGAUGAGUCAAAGUGCAGCUGCAGGGAUUCCUAGCAUGCACUCUCACUCAGUGAGUGCCAGUGACUGCACGGGAGCAAUAACUGAGACCCGCCAGAGGUACAAACUAAACCAACCAAACCAGCAAGUUCCAGAAUAUUUAUUAUUAAAUGUUAUUGUCCGGAUGUAGAGGUUGCAGCUUGCGUGUUCAGGGCAUAACCACACACCUGCUUGUAGAAAGCUUUCUGCUGGCUCUCAAAAACCUUAAUUUUUAUGUGUUGGUUGGCAUAAAUAGUCAUCCAUGUAAAGAAAGUAAUUGGUUCAUAGGAUGGCUAACAUCUGCAAGUGGGGGAAGGAGGCAAAUCACAGCACAGAUGCACACAAACUACACCCAGCCAGACAGCAAGCUUCACAUACACAGUCACCAAACAUCACGCACAUUAUACACAGCCAGCAACCUUCACCAAACAUCACGCGCAUUAUACACAGCCAGCAACCUUCACCAAACAUCACGCGCAUUAUACACAGCCAGCAACCUUCACCAAACAUCACGCACAUUAUACACAGCCAGCAACCUUCACCAAACAUCAAGCACAUUAUACACAGCCAUCAACCUUCACCAAACAUCACACACAUUAUACAUAGCCAGAAAGCUUCACAUACACAGUCACCAAACAUAACACACAUUACAUACAGCCAGCAAACUUCACACCUGAACUUAUACACACCCAUCAAACAUCACACACAGCCAGCAAGCUUCACAUACAGUCACCCAGUAUCACACUAUACAGCUAGCAAACUUCACACACCAUCACCAAACAUCACACACAUCCAGCAACCUUCACCAAACAUCACACACAUUAUACAUAGCCAGAAAGCUUCACAUACACAGUCACCAAACAUAACACACAUUACAUACAGCCAGCAAACUUCACACCUGAACUUAUACACAGCCAUCAACCUUCACCAAACAUCACACACAGCCAGCAAGCUUCACACACACUAUACAGCUAGCAAACUUCACACACCAUCACCAAACAUCACACACAUUAUACACAGCCAGCAACCUUCACCAAACAUCACACACAUUAUAUAUAGCCAGAAAGCUUCACAUACACAGUCACCAAACAUAACACACAUUACAUACAGCCAGCAAACUUCACACCUGAAUGGGAAAAAUUGAGGGUUUGGGACUAUAGUUGAGCUGGAGAAUUUUCCAAAUCUGCAUAUUUUAUCCCCCUCGGACAUAAUUAAUGAAAAUUCUUAGUUUGAAUACCCAAGUCAAUGCCAAUGUCCAGGGCUCUAAGCAAGUGUUUCUAUAUGAAAUUAUUUUGUAUGUCAGGACAAGUAGAUUAGGCUACGGCAUUAGUCCCUUGGACAAGUAGAUUUUUCUAAAAAAUAAAAUAAAAAAAACCUUCACACCCCUACAGUGCAAAGCAGUCAAGUUGACAAAACCUGACAAUGGGCAGGGCUUAAAGCAAGGUUCUGUUCUGAGGUGUACCCACAAUCCAUUGGGGCAAUCAAUCCUACAGAACCGCGGAUUUCAUGGACAAACAUAAACAAAAUGGCUGCACCCAGAUAUUGAGGUCCAGCAGAAAGAAGAAAAAAUAAAUAUAAAUAAAAGCAAGUAGGGGGAGUAUAAUCAUUAAGAUACACGGGUGCAUAAGGGAAAAAAAAACUGAAAGAAAAAUAAAUAAAUAGCAUUAAACUAAAAAGAUUUUACAAAAUAGUUUGUCCACUUGCAGCAUAUUGUUUAAUAAAGAUUAACUUUAAAUCAGGGUCUGAUAGACGCCACCAUAAAUUAUUAGUCCCCAACUUUUUCCUAUGGGGGGGGACAAUAGGUCCUCCCCCUAUUGUCACUUAUGGCCCCCAUCCGCUGCUCAUAGGAGGUCCUCAUUUAAGGCCUCCACCUACCACUCAUGGUUGGGGCCAUGGGGGACCCUAGGUUUUAUUGUAUAGCACCUAAUAGGUGGGAGCCAUUAUGUCUCCUCCGUUAAUUAUUUGAAUAGGUGCCCCACCAUGGGGCACUUUAUUGGAGGGAAGGCUGCUCACUGUUUAGUAGACAUGCCUCUACUCGCAGCAUAGCAAGUGGUAGCAGAAGGGAGAUUUUAACAAAAAAAACGUUGAAUUCCGGCCAAACACAAAUGGACAAACUGUACACGUUCUGUUAGGACGGAAUUCGUGAUGAGAAUUCACCAGCACACUGUCUAAAUGACAGGACGUUUGAACGGCAAAUGAAGCAACGCAAGAACACGGAGGAAAAGUAUUGAGGAAAUUUCUUUGACCGCAGGAAGUGAAGUGGACUUAAGCUCCUCCUUUUGGUUAAGCGUAGGAAAAAUACAUAAAACAAUGUAGUCCUUACUUUUAUGUUUUAAAGAAAACUAGAUCAGAAAGGAAGAAAAGAACAGGUUCUGAGAGAGGAAGUGACUGGGGAAAGGUGCCGCUUUGUCACCUCUACAAAAAUACUAACGUGUAAUCCACCAGUGUCCAGUUCAAUUCAGGGUCUUUGUUAAAUAGCUAAUGCAAUGAUAGAAGCGCUCUAUAACUAACCUCAUCUUUGCGUUCAAAUAUUCUUCAUAAGACACUGAAAUUAUUAAUACUAAUAUUCAGAUAUAGCACAAAGUUGAAUUGUCUAUUAUGUAAAUGAUCAAUUUAUACCUUUUUGCCCAUUUGUAGAAGUAUAACAUGAAUCCAGUACAAUAUAUUUAUGACAGGCCCAUUGCUUAGCAUAGAUUAAUUUUAAUUCACACACUUUGCCUGCUUACCCCUACAACAUUUACCUUCUGUGUCUUCCAGCCCCCUGUGACUCAGUAUCCUGCAGCUUCUUACUUUAUCACAUCACCUAGUAUGCAUUAUUAGCUCUUACCUUCCAGCUGUCCUGGAUCGGGCUGGAAAGUGCCAAUUUGGGGCCAAAGUCUGAGCUUGGGAAGUCCUGAGCUGAUAUAACCUCCGGUCACCAUUGUAACAAACCACUGGGGUCGUGCUCAGUCCUGGAGCUCAGGUUCAGUAACAGCUCUCCCUAGGAGUUCUGAGGCAAGCAACAAAACAACCAAGCGCUGACUCAAAGGUGUGCUCUGCUCAUAAAGGAGUGGGUCAAUCACAUAACAUGGUCUCACCUGUAGGAGGGGUUACCUGAGGUCAAUGUGGCGGACUGUGGGACUCGGCCCCAUCUUGGAUGCAUUAUUGUCCUGCCUCGGCCCCUCAGCUACACCUCCUUCAACCUCUGACCUGCAGACCAGUCUCCUCAGGCAGUGGCUACCCUCUUGGAAUGCUGUGAAUCGAGGUUCAGAGGAUGCAGACUGGGGUGCAGCAGCCACAGGAACUAUAACUACUGCAGAUUGACCUCCGGGGCUGUCUGUGAAAGUGACAACCAUACAUGCCAGGGGUGUGUGCAUCACACCCCCCUUAAAGGCCCAAACAUACCUCCAAAAGAGAAAUAUCAGCAGGCCUCGCCAUAAUCUCAUUACAGUCAUGGUGUUUCCUUGCAUAGUCUUACAUUUCCACCUCUGAUUAAAAAUAAAUAAAUACAAAUGCCCCACCACAAUGAGGCAUGGGAGGAUAACUGGGCUUUGAAACUCCACCUGCAUUGUAUGGAGUGGGUGGGCUUAUACCUGACCACUCGAUUAUUAACUCCUUAACUCCUCACAGCACAUGGGGGGGGAGGGAAUACAUUCUAUGAAUCCUACAGAAACAAAGUGAUUUAACAACUAAAUGGCAAAAUAUUGACAGUUAAGGAGGGGCAUUAUCUGUACACCAAAUCCACUCCAUUAAAGGGCAACUAUAGUUACCAGAACAACUACAGCUUAUUGAAUUUGUUCUGGUGAGUAGAAUCAUUACCUUCAGGCUUUUUGCUGUAAGCACUGUUUUUUCAGAGAAAAUGCAGUGUUUACAUUACAGCCUAGUGAUAGCUUCACUGGCCUCUCCUCAGAUGGCUGUUAGAGAUCCUUCCUGGAUCAUGGCUGCCUAAAAUGCAUCCAAACAUUCAGUGUCUCCUCCCUCUGCAUGCAGACACUGAACUUUCCUCAUAGAGAUUCAUUGAUUCAAUUCAUCUCUAUGAGGAGAUGCUGAUUGGCCAGGGCUGUUUUUAAAUUGUGCUGGCUCUGCCCCUGAUCUGCCUCCUUGUCAGUCUCAACCAAUCUUAUGGGGAAGCAUUGUGAUUGGAUCAGGCUACCGCAUCUGAUGAUGUCAGUAGACAGCUUGUUUUUCUGAGGCAAACAGCAUGCAGAUCUACAGUUUCAGGCUUGAAUACAGUAAGACUUUGCUUUAUUUAUGGAGGCAUGAGGGGCCUCGGGGGGCUAGAUGGUGGUUUUAACACUAUACGGUCAGGAAUACAUGUUUGUGUUCCUGAUCCUAUAGUGAUCCUUUAACCCCUGGCAUGAUUCCCUUUUAAUCCAGAAGUUUGGUCCUUAAGCUAAAGUUGUUUUGAAAUGUAGGACUAAGGAAAGAGUUUGUUUUGGAAGGGGUUAAAUUAAGGGUUAGGCUAAAGCUUUUUGCAGUGUGAUUAUUUUUUUUUUUUAUUAUUAUUAUUUGUGUGUGUGCAAAAUACUCACCCUCCUGUAAUUAAAAGCAGACUGCAGGAGCUGGUAUUCCGUGUGAAUCACUUGGUGCUGUCCCUGCUUUUACUGCAAGGCAUUUUCUGUGUGAGAGGCUGCUAGUUGGCAGAUAAAGAUGACCCCUUCCACUUGCUGUCCAGACUUACACACAGCCUCUGGAGGAGCUGGGGCAGCUCUGUUGUUUACAUCCUUCUAUAACUGUUCCUGAAGCUCUGUUAGACUAAAAGCACUGUGGGUGGAUAUAAAUGUAUUUACAAUUUUCAAAAACUGCUUAUUUGUAGUUCUAUUUACAUGACUUAUUCUUCUCAACCCAUGCAUUUAUUAUUAAAAAAACAAAAAACCUUACCUUGAUGGACUUGCUCUGCAUAAUUGCCUUCUGUUAAAAUAAUUUUCAUUAUGUGAGGUUUUUAUUAUUCAAAUUACUACAUCCCUUGGCUGAAUCAGUUGAUUUAGUUACAUCUAGCUUUAAAUGGCUGCACCUUCCCAUUCCAUUUACUAUGUAGUGACAGAACUAUUAUGAUGUAACAUACUGACUGUGUGAUGUCAUCAGCUGAGAUAGACAUAUUGUUAAAAGCUAUGUUUUUUUUUUUUGUUUUUUUUGUAAUGUGUUUACCUGAUUAAAUAUACUUAAAGGGAAAGUAUGGUUCAUGAAAAUGUAGUUGUAUUGAAGCUGUCCUUAUGUAAUUGGUUCUAUGUAAUUAAACUUUUGUAUUCAUGUUAAAUUCUCUAAGUUCUUUACAAACGGCUAAACAUCUUUCAGUAUUGCGCUGACUCUAAACAGUGGUACAGAGGAUCUUUUUGGUGGCAGCAGAGCUAUGGGUCUGUUGGUCUGACAGUCUCUCAGUGACACAUUCUCACGAGACAACUGUGCACUCCAUGAUCUUGUGAUUCAUAUUAAUAAAUAGUAAAAAAUAUAUAUAUUUUUGUUGCAUCAACAUGAAGACACUUUUGCAAUGAUAAUUAGGCAAAUAUAUAGUUUAAAGUGUAUAAGCAUAAGAACAAUUGGCAUUAAUAAAAAAAUAAUUCAACUUUGAUAUCUGUGGUUGAGAGCCCUGUAGGAGGGGCAUCUUCAAAUGGUCGAUAUGGCCCAAAAGCCACUAGUCCCAGAGCUCCCUUACUUGCAUCUGCUCGUGUUGGCUACUGCCCAGGAAGUCAUUAUUUAUUUUAAGGGUGCGUACUCAUUUUAAAUAAAAUAAGGAUCUUAAAAAAUGGUACAACUUAUCCAAAUUUUCUGAAAUUAUUUUGGCAAAGUCCUAAUCUCCACUUGCUCUAGAUAUUUUACUAUUCUAUAAAAAUGUGCAAAAUCUGUUUAAUUUUUUUUCUCAUCUAAGAAUGUUUUUGCUUGUUUUUGUUUUUUCCUCAUUAUGACAUUCAAUUAUUUCUAUUUAAUUUUUUGGUUUAUUUAACAGCCAAGUUGGUUGUAAAGGUUGAAGCCUCAGGUGAAGAUUUGCUGGAUUGUUCAAGCAGUGUAUCUGUAAGGAAGCCUGGUCCGGAGAGCACACAUAUCUGUCAGCCCGAGUCCAACAAGCGGAAAAAAACAUCUCUGAUGUGUGAUGGAUCGAGCAGCGAAGCAGAAAUUAUACCCACCGUUAAAAAACGACGGCUCGUCCCAGAGGUGAUCAUACCCUCGUUUAAUCAUUUACCAGUUCAGUAUACAGUGUAGGCAGUUCAGCAAGAGUUACAUGGCUCAGUCAACAGAUGAGAUAAUAUGAAAUAUAGCCCCAGUAUAAGAACAUUCAGGAUAAAGAAUUAUUGAUACACAAGUGUGAAUAUGUAGCCCGCUGUAUCCUCUUACUGGCCACUUUAUCACAAGUCAUUUAUAGAGAUGGGUGGCAUUUAGCAACAGGGGACUGGGUCCUGUAUUACCUAUUUAGGGCCAGGCAACAUGGUGAUUUCAGGCCACGAGUGAUAGAGCAGCAGGUGGGACCAGAAGUUUCAGCACUAACUAAUUAUCCUAAUUCCUAUAUUUAUCAAGAAGAAACUUUUUGGGAGUAUAUAUAAAUAUGCCUUUAGUGAAUACCCCAAGAGAAAAUAUAUUAAAUAUACCUGGGAACUAAUUACAAAUGUAUUCACCCCCCCAUAGGUCUCCAUUCUGUGUUUUUAUUUUGUUUGGUGAAUGUAAGUGGGGGCCUUUUGAUAUAAAACAAAUAUAUUUAGAAAAACUAUUUUUCAUUAUGUUACAAAAUAAUAAAUAAGGGUGUAAACCUGCUCCUGACCAUCCUGAUUUCAAAGCACACUUACUAUCUUUAUGCUCUUUUUUUUUUUUUUUCCAUGCUGAGUCUCACUAUAUCUCCCCUGUCCUUGUUCUCACUUCAUUUCUUCUGGUUAGGUCCCUGCACACCUGUUCUGCUUUGAUGGUUUUGAAAUUCAGCUCCAUAUGUUAAGUUAAAUUUUCUUGAACUAGUGUUGUGUGUGUGUAUGCUCUAUAACAGCUUAAGAUUGCACUCUGCUGAACAGGGGUUUCUCUAUGUGAUUGGAGUAGACCCCCAUUUACCAGAAUGUAAGUCCUUGAUUGGUAGGCCUCUUCGUUGUGAAGGAUAGGUCCACGGUUUUGCCUGCUACUGACACAACUGCGGUGCAAAUGUUUUUUUUGUUUGUUUUUUUUAACCUAAUUUUCAAAUUAUCUAUGUAAUGCAUUAACUAUAUUAGAGGGAAAAAAAUCUUUAUCCUGUUAUAUUGUCCAUAGGAACAUAUUGGCAUUUGAUAUCUUGAAAUUCAAACAUUUAUCUCUAUAUUAUUAUUAUUAUUAUUAUUUUUUAGAGCCAGAUUUCAUGUAUGAGAAACAGAGAAUCUGGAUCAUCUGCCCAGGUAAACACAGAGUUGUCAAGUACAAACUCAGACUACAGCACUACAUCCCUGUGUGAAGCAGAAGAACCGGCCAAUGAAUUUGUCACAUCUUACAGGAAACCUUUGUAUAGCAUUUCACAUAAAAUAACAGAAAAAAAGAAUCCUGUUUCAUCUGAUCUGCUAGUAUCUUAUGAAAUGUAUGACAAGACAAAUCACGAAAGUACCUCAAAUCUACGAGGUCUUACUGAAUUGCGCAAACGUGAAUCUGCUGGCACCUCAAUGGGGAAUGAUGAAUCUAACGUUUAUUCCUUGAUACAAAAAAUGUUUUUUGCCCUCAACUCUCUAAAUUCCAACAUGUCACAGCUACAUAGUAAAGUUGACCUUCUGUCUCUUGAGGUGAGUAGAAUUAAGAAAAAGGUCAGUCCUAUGGAAAUGGUGGCUGAGUUCCAGCCACCUCCUGAAUAUCAACUUACAAGCGCAGAACUGAAACAGGUAAUGGACCAGAGCAGCUCUGCUGGGGAUCUUAGUUGUCGAUUACUAGUUCAAUUAUUUCCUGAACUUUUUGGAAAUGAUGACUUCUCUAGGAACUGUUCUACAUGUGGUUUCAUCUCCAAGAAUAAGCUUGAGUCCCUUCACCUCCAGCUUAUAAGGAACUAUGUGGAGGUGUGUUAUCCUGCUGUUAAAAACACUGCCAUCUGGCAGGUGGAGUGCUUACCUCAAAUAAAUGACUUUUUCAACCGGUUUUGGGCUGAAAGGCAGAUGGAAAGCAGCAACCAAAGUAUGCAUUCCAACAGUUUCUAUGGUUCUCCAUCACAACAGAAUUCUCAUUAUGUUGAAAAUAAAAAUCAGGAAGAAGACGUCUCCUUGAAUAGGAUAAAUUCUGUUUCCUCCGAGUACACUGUCAAUGCUCAAGAUCUCAAUGAGUUUUUAGAUGAAGCUUCAUCCCCCGGUGAAUUUGCAGUGUUUUUGCUGCACCGUUUAUUUCCUGAGAUUUUUGACCAAAGAAAGCUUGCAGACAGAUCUGCUAGGGAACUGGAGAAUUUUGUUCUCGAUCCUCACCGGUUACAGCUGAUCCGCCAGUAUACAGAGAUUUAUUUUCCUGACGUGCAAGAUGAUGGUGCUUGGCUACAGCACUGUGUGCAAAGAAUUAAUGAUGAGUUGGAGAGCGUGUUUAUGGAUGGUAGCGAAUGUGAUGAUUUACGUGAUGACUGUUAUGACUCUGCCAGCUUACCUGAUGACCUGUCUAUUGUAAAAGUGGAAGAUGGCAUUGACUCAGACAGACCAGGAAGAAGAUCUAAAAAAAUUUGGCUUGUUCCAUUGGACUUUGAUAAAAUUGAUAUUCCAUUACCUGAUUUUGAGGUCCCAUAUCCACAAUACCUCCUCAGCAAGGAGCAAAUUAAAAAUAUAUAUGAGAGUAGCCUAUCUAUUGGUAAUUUUGCUUCUAGACUACUGGUACAUUUGUUUCCAGAACUCUUCACUCAUGAGAAUUUGAGGAAGCAAUACAACUGCAGUGGCUCGCUUGGGAAGAAGCCACUUGACGCUGUCCGGGUCAAACUUAUUCGGCAUUAUGUGCAAAUGCUGUAUCCCAGAGCAAAGAAUGAUAGAGUUUGGACUCUAGAAUUUGUAGGGAAGCUGGAUGAACGAUGUCGUCGAAGGGACACAGAGCAAAGGCGGUCUUAUCAACAGCAGAGGAAGGUGUUUGUGCCUGUGCCAGAAAGGAGAGACUUUGUGCCUUUUGACCUGAAUCCAGAGAGAUACAGGGAUCUGAUUGAAGGCCCACCACUGCCACCAGAACGUAGUACAAAGGACUUCUGUAAAAUACCACUGGAUAAAAUUGUUGUUCCCCUUCCUGAUUUCCCUGUGCCUUCAGUCUAUAUCUUAAAUGAUAAAGAAAUUAGGGAUAUUGUACAACAGUCUCUCUCAGUAGGAAACUUUGCUGCUCGCCUGCUUGUGAGACUUUUCCCAGAACUGUUUACUGCAGAAAAUCUUAGGCUGCAGUAUAACCACUCAGGAGCAUGCAAUAAGAAGCAGCUUGAUCCCGUGAGACUAAGGCUUAUCCGCCAUUAUGUGGAAGCCGUUUACCCUGUGGACAAGAUGGAGGAGGUGUGGCAUUAUGAAUGUAUUCCGAGCAUUGACGAAAGGUGCAGGCGCCCAAACAGAAAGAAAUGUGACAUACUUAAAAAAGCUAAGAAAGCAAAAAAGUAAUUGCUACUGAAACAAAAACCUAAACUUCUGGUUAUUAAAUUAUUUUAGUGGUGUAGAGAAAGAUUUAUAGUGCUGCUUUUUACCUGUGUUUUUAGGACUAUUAGUACAUGAAGUAUGUAAAUAGUAUGCAGGAAUGUGAGAACCACAGCAUAUUUGCACUCUCCUGGGAAACUUAUUUCAUUCACUGUAUGGACUAGUUCAAUCAUUUUCCUCCUUAAAAGGAAAUGAGAAAAUAAAUAAAUACAUUUCAUAUAAAAAAAAAAAAAAAUAAAGUGUAUUUAAUUUGACAAUAUUAAUACAUUCCAAAAAUGAACAAAUUAAUUGUAAAGUAUUCAGUGCAAUGUAUUCUUAACACCAGAG